UCAAUGAAACUUAUGGAAGCGGCGCUUUGAAGUUGUUACUCUGCCGGAAACAUAGAAGCGUCUCAGAUGAAGAAUAUAGAAGAUUGAAAGCUCAGACCUCACGCCACAUCAGUCCGCCUGUUCUCAAGCCUUUAUGAACGGAGGAACACUCGCGAAGGUCUCUCUGUAGGAGGCAACAGGCGACGUGGUAACAGCAAUGAUUUACAUCGCAACCACAGGAUGGACUUAUUUAUCUGGGAAUGACUGUUAUUUUUAAUGUCAAAGCAGAAGUGACGGCCUGUGUUGUGAAUGCCUGAAAUCAUGGCUUACUGGAUCCAGCUUCAUUUGAGAAUCUGGCUGUUGGUUCCACUGGCUCUGGAUCGUCUUGCUCUCGCUGAAGAUUUGAAGCCCACCAGAUGGCCUCUUUACCCUGAGAAGCCUUUGGUUCUGGUCUGGAACGCCCCAACAGAAGACUGCAGGCCUCGGCACAAGGUUCACCUCCAGCUCGAGCAGUUUCAGAUCGUGGCCUCUCCGAAUGAAGGCUUCACCAAACAGAACCUUACCAUGUUCUACAAAGACCGCCUGGGCUUGUAUCCGCACUUUGAGGGUGGCGUGGCCGUCAACGGCGGCCUACCGCAGGUCGCCAGCCUCACGCACCAUCGAGAGAAGAUUCCGGAGGGCAUCGCGAAGUACAUUCCCGACCCGUCGGCGCGAGGCCUGGCCGUGAUCGACUGGGAGGAAUGGCGUCCGAUUUGGAUACGCAAUUGGGAGGCCAAAGACAUUUACAAGAGCCAGUCGCGGCUCUUAGUGGCCCAGAAAAAAACGGGCUGGACUUCGACCCAGAUAAGCAAAACAGCCCAGCAGGAGUUUGAGAUGUCCAGUCGGAUGUUCAUGCUAGAGACUUUACGAAUGGCCAAAAGCUUGCGUCCCAACCAACUUUGGGGCUUCUACCUCUUUCCCGACUGCUACAACCACGACUAUCGCAACAGUCUGGAGAACUACACGGGACGCUGCCCGGAUGCGGAAGUGGCCAGGAACGACCAGCUGAAAUGGCUGUGGAAUGAAAGCACGGCCCUGUUUCCAUCCAUAUACAUGAGCUCGAAGUUGCGUUCGACAUCCUCCGGUCGCCAGUUUGUCCGAAACCGGGUGAAGGAGGGAAUGAGAUUGGCAUUGGUGGGAGAGGGAUUGGCACGUCCUGUUUUUGUCUACACCCGUCCUACGUACGCAAAAGAGCUGGAACUGCUGACAGAGAUGGAUUUGGUGUCCACCAUUGGAGAAAGUGUGGCUCUGGGUGCCGCUGGAAUCGUUUUCUGGGGUGAAGCUACUUAUGCCAGCACCAAUGCCAGUUGUUCCAGCUUAAACCAGUACUUGCGGGGUCCACUGGGCCGAUACCUCCUCAACGUCUCCACAGCAGCUGAGCAGUGCAGUCGCUUCCUGUGCACUUCCCACGGCCGCUGUCUGCGCAGACAUGCCGACAAGGACACGUAUCUCCAUCUUGACCCACAGACGCACACCAUAGUAGGCCAGGGGAAGGAAUUGCACGUGAAGGGAGAUGUGAGCGCUGAAGAGCAACAGCGGAUGAGUGAAGACUUCCAGUGCCAGUGUUUUAGUGGAUAUCAGGGCGAGAGAUGUGACCACGAGGACCCUCUUCAGCAGCGAGGAGACGGACAUGCACUGAAAGCAUUAUGGAUAUACCUUCUCACUCCAUUGCUGCUGCAUAUACUGAGCUGAGCACAUGUCAUUGACACUUUAACUCAUUGUCUUGAUUACGAAACCUUUGGCAGGUCAGUGCGCUCCAAAUGCUGUUGUGAAAAGGUCCUUCGCUUUCAUGAAGUCAUGUGGGUGAGCAUGAAAUCUGAAUUUAUAUGUGUAAACACAGGAAACUCAGAGUUCCUUGGAGUUUAAAUAAGCACUUUUGUUUUUUGUCACACGUUACACACACAACGUCUGAGCCAGAAGUAGGACAUUGUGCAAGGGGAACAUCUAAUGAAAAUUGAUGACUAACUGAUGAGUGGAUUCAUUCAGAAGAAGGCUGCACUUGAGUCACUGUUAAAACAAUUUGAAGCGGUGGACUUUAAAGUGGCUGUCUUGGUCUGAGACUAUAAAGAUGUUGGUUAUCUAACAAUACAUUUUAGGCUGCAAAUGUCAAAUGUAGUUAGGCAAAUACACAUGUAUGUUUUGAAUGGGUAGAACUAGUGGAUCUGAGCAAGCCUUAAAGGAACAGUUCAAUUUUGUCAUUAUUUACUCAAUAUUAAAUCCUGUAUAUUCAAGUCUUCUCCUGAAUUACUUCAGAAGAUUUGGAAUAUACUGUAGUACAUGAGUUGUGUGAACCACUUUUAAUAAUUUUUGAAGGAAUAGUUCAACCAAAAAUAAACAUUUGUUAAAAAAAGUGCUUAGUUUCAGGCCAUUUAAGAUGUAAAUAAGUUUGUUUUUGUUCAUCAAAACAGAUUUGGAGAAAUGUAGCAUUACAUCACUUGCUCAGCAAUGGAUCCUCUGCAGUGAAUGGGUGCCUCCAGUCCAUCGAUUAACAUCUUGUAAAGUGAAAAGCUGUGUGUUUGUAUGAAAAUGAUCCAUCAUUAAGGUUUAACAUUGAACCGUGCUUCUCUUCAGCUAUGCAUAUUUCUCUCCUGAUUCAGGAUUGUAUAUUAGCCAGAAGCAACAGUUCCAACAAAUACAUCAAAGUGUUAAAGGUUAUUACUUAUUUAAAGGUUGUGGAUUAUUGUGAUGUUUUCAUCAGCUGUUUGGACUCUCAUUCUGACGGCACCCAUUCACUGCAGAGUAUCCAUUGGUGAUUAAUGCAAUGCUAAAUUUCUCCAGAUCUGUUCUGGUGAUGAAACAAAUUCAACUACAUCUCGAAUGGCCUGAUGAAAAGUACAUUUUAACAAACAUUUUUUUAGGUGAACUAUUUCUUUAAGAUGAGACUACUGUGCUGGAAAUGUGGAUGCAUGUCAUGCAAUGAUGCUUAUGCUGGCUGACCUGAGUUUGAAUCUGGCUCGUGUGUCAUUUCCUGAUCACCACCCCCAUUUCCCAUCCCUGUCCUGUUCUAUAAAGGCAAAAACCCCUAAAAAAUAAAAAACCGGACAGUUAUUUAUAUCCUGUUAUUUAAAAGUAUUUUGCAACUUUGGACAGCAUCCUCUUUGUUUUUACUGUUUCAUGGACUAAUUUAACUGUUGCCAAAUCAGCAUAUAUUUUUAUGGACAUUUUUUUUUUAGCUUCGUUCAGCAUCUUUGUCAGUGUUGAAACAGUGAUUGUUAUGGUUAUGAGAGAUAUGUGAUGGCGCUUAUAUUCAUGUGUGAAAAAGGCACUGGACUGUGAGAGAAGCAUUUGCAUUACAUCUUUGAGAACUAUUGAGAAUUAGAUUUUGCUUUUUUAGAAAUUGUGAUGCACAGAAAAAUUGUUUUAUAUUUGAUCAAAAUGAUUUCUGUGUUUGAUUAAAAAAAAUUGAGUGGUAAUCUUGUGCAUUUAUUUUAAAGAAUGUUCAUUUCCUUUCACAUUUUUUGCCUCAAAUGUAUUUUGUCCAGUAACCAUUCAGUUCUUCUUAACUGGAAGUUUUUCUAAGGAAAAAAGGAACAAACUAAAUGGAGGAAAUGAAUGAGACUACAACCAUCGGGUCUGCUCAGCACAAGGACCAGCCCAAAUUACAGGGUUUACAAACCAAGAAGUUAUAUUUGUUGCUUUUAACUGUGUGAGCGUUUACUCAAAAUAGAAUCGGAAGCAAUAUGAAAUAUGGUGUGUUUGUUAAUCUUUAAUCACUGUAGAAAUUACUAAAGUUGCUUUGAGUGCAGCUGCAGUGUUUUAUGGUGUUCACCCACGAUUGUAACUUUUGGUUCCCAUUUGUUAAUUUUAGCUCUUUUCAUGCAAUAAUGUUUUCUGACUAUCAAGAUAAGAGAUUUGAAAAUUGCUUCUUUGUUUUUGAGAAUUCAAGCCAUCAUCUUGAAAAGCUGUUACCCACAUGACAAUAAAUGACAGUCUACAUGAAAAGCACAUUUUCUUUAAAACAAGUUUAAAGGGUCAUUCCUGGUAUUCAGCAACAUUUUGGCUUCAUAAUUUUUGGAAAAAAAGUUACGUGUUUUUCAUGUUUUUAGCAUUCUACCAAAAUAGUGACAUGUUUAACAAAUAGGAAUACAUAUUGGCUCAAAGACUCAAAAAAUAAUAAUUGGGUAGAUUGUUCACACUGGCUAUGAAAGUAUUCCACCCUGUUAGGGACAUAUACAUAGUUAUCACAAAAUGCUAAUCAUGUAAAUGUUAAACAAUAAUGAGCUUUUCUUGUAUGGUGUAUGUCCCUUAUGCCAUAAUAGUAUUUUUUAUUCUUGAAACAAUAAGAAAUUGAUAAAUAGAAUAUGUCUUGAUUUUUACGUACAUGUACUGUUUUGUGCCCAUUUUUGUCAACAGGACAAAAUAAUACAAA